CCACCAACACCAAAAUCAAAGAUGCUCGACUCUGAGAUGGAAGAUAUGACUUCAGUCACACAGAACGCCCCACAACAUGUCCGGAACAACACGUCUAAUGCUGGUGGACCGGACGCGACUAUGGACAUAGAUGCCUCUUCGACGACGGAAGAUAAGUCAAUGCUACCCGGGCCAUCGCUGAGGGACGGUAUUGGGGCAUCUGCAGUUGACGCAGUUGCGUCUUCUCCCAAUCAAAAUUCGGAUGAGCUCCUUGACUCACCGCACGCGAAUUUCCGUCAGCAAACCGAACUACCGUCUUCCGCGCACUCCGUUCCUCCAGAGAAGGCUGAAGACGUGAAUAUGCUUUCUGAAGAGAAUGCAACUGAUGGCGCGAGCCAUUUGUCGCUCCCAUCGUCAUCGUCCGCUAUACCCCCAUCACAUACGCACCCGUAUCAUCCUCUCAUAGCAUUAUCUAACCAGUCCACCCAAUCAUCUGAUUGGGGUGUACCUGGCUUAUGGUGCAUGAAAGUAGGACUCGAGUCAACAGGCCUCCUUGAUAUCGAUUUUGAAGUCACCCCAGACUUGCCAACUCCGUACGAGCUAAAAAAUGACGAAGC